UUAAAGCUUCGUAGUGUGGUGAAGUGAUUGGUUUGGUCGGUGGGUGGAGUGAAGUUUACAAAGAAAAAUUCAGUCUCCUCUGUUUAAUGACGGCUCUCCCGGCGUUUUCCGCUCUCAGUGCUAGUGUGAACCGCUCACUGGAUACCUACCCCAGUAGUGGCAGACAGAGUAGCUAAAGUUUUCCUUCAUCGGACAUCAUAACACAUUCUCCCUUGUGAUCGUAAGCAAGCAAAACUUUUCCUCCCAGUGUGUAGUGGAGCCGCCUGGUCCUAACAUUAAUGAAAAAGUUGAAAGUUGUAGAUGCGAGAUUACGUUUCCUAUGACCCGUAGUCAGAAAUCCUUAACCCUAGGCAUUUUGUUGUAACGCAAGGACACUGUAGUGGCUGCCGGAUAAGAAGAAACGUAAAAAAAGUUCCGGAUUUUGUGAUUUGUUUCUCAGCUAAAGUGGAAAGAAAAGCGUGUGAAUAAUCAUUUGCUCGCGAUGUAGUAGUGCAAGGCAACAAAGAAUCCCGUUCAGUCUUAUGCAGGAUAAAACAUAGAGCAAGUGUUGGUUCUUAUUGUGACGAAGCUCCCAUAUUAGCGGAAAUAGUGCUAGCUAGAAUUUCAAAUUUAUAUUGUUCCGAUAAAAGAGAGCGGCCUAUGUUUCGGUAUAUAUUGUCAAGUAAAAAAAGUUCAACAGUUAUCCGUGUGAAACUAGAAACCAAAAUCCACAGUCGGUCUGAAAGACGGUAACAACUAAUCGCCUAAUGUAUUAGCCUUGGUAAACAAAGUAGGUAGUAUUCCCUUUUAACUUUUACUCCUGCUCUAAGGCUCAACGUUAUUGAAAUCAUCACGGGAAAACGAAUGGUACUAAAUUUACCCGUAGACCCUUUUCCGUUGGUCCACAACUUUUUCUUAUACUGCUGGUAGUUUGGAGGAAUCUUUUCUGGAUAUUUUCCCAGAAAUCUACGAGUUUCUAGUGUUUUUAGCCUACAAACUCCAAAAAAAAAAUCUGGUGAAAGUGUGUUUCUCACUAAAAAGUGUGAAUUAAGCGUUUAAGUGUUGUUCUGAUAUUUAGGCAAAAAAAGUGUUCAGUGCGUGUCGAUGUUCAAUUGUGUAUCAUUCCGAUUGUACUUGCUAACCAACCGUGGCAUGAACUGAAGGCAGCGCAGAACGAAUAGAAGAGAGUGAAGGUUCGAGCGAGCACUCGAGGUAAGCGAAACUUCUCUCGAGCCAAGUUUCGCUGCUGCGGAAUUCUGCAUAAAAACCCUGCUCUUGUCCUGACCGGAACCAGAAUAACAACAUCAACAUCGAAAAUGUCGGCAAAUGAUGCUAACUUUAUGCUAUUUCCCAAAAUUGGCGAUUGUUCCUACGAUUCGUGCUAUUGCGAGGAAAACGUGUGGAAACUGUGUGAACAGGUGAAGAAAACACAUCCGGCGGAACUGCCGAAGUCUUAUGCGGUGUUCGUGUCGAACGAGAGGAGAACCGUGCCGCUGUGGAGGCAGAAGGCGGGCCGAGGUGAUGAGAAAUUGGUGAUAUGGGAUUAUCACGUUUUCUUCAUGCACAACCCGUCGCCCAACCGGUGUCUGGUGUUUGACUUGGACACCACGCUACCCUUCCCGACCUAUUUCCACAAGUACGUCACGGAAACGUUCCGCUCGGACUACGCGGUGACGCCCGAACAUCACAGAUUUUUUAGAGUAAUACCUGCCGAAAAAUACCUAGCGGAGUUUUCAUCGGACAGAAGACACAUGCGUAGACCGGACGGGUCCUGGAUAAAGCCUCCGCCAUCGUAUCCGCCUAUUCAAACUAACACCAAUACCCACAGUCUCGAUGAUUUCAUAUGUAUGAAACCCGGAAAAGGACCGGGCUGCGUGUACGACCUGCUACACUUCGUGCAGCAAUUCUACAAACCUCCUGACAGGAAUAUCACCAAAACUCAGAACUAAAUUACGCUUAACGGGUAUGCUGGGUAUCCAGCCUGGACGGCCGUAUUCUGCUUUCUGCAUCUGGCCCUGCGGAACCGGCGUGUGAAGUUUGUAAUUAUAAUGUUGGCUGCGAAAUCGUUACUCUUCGUUGUUUUCACGCUUUUAAUCGGUGGUAAGCUUAAUUAUUUCCACCAGGUGGAAAAAAAUGCCGAAGGUUUGACUAAAGGGGGGAUGAAAAAAAAGAAAGAGAGUAAGAAAAACUUUACCGAAAGGGUGCAGUGUAGAACGAACAACAAUUUAUAGUUAAAUAAUGUACGAAAGAUGUAACACAAACAAGAAAAAAACUGAUCAGAAAUUUUAUGAAGAAAAUAACUAUUUCAAUGUGAGCGCGUCCAACAACAAGACAAAACAAAAAGGUGUAGAGUCAUAUUUGAACGUAUGUUUUCGUGUUAUUGAUUACUAGCUAAGCAAAAGAUAGAUAAACAGUCUAACUAACAUUACGGUUACAAUUGAUUAUUAUCAUAUUACAUUCGAAAAGUUAUACUGCAAAAGACAAACGUGGGUACGAAAUAAAUAACCCAGGCAACAACAAAAAAAAUGCAUUUAAUGGCAAACCGAUACAACUGAAAUAGAGCGAUAAAGCAAAGGCGAAAUAGAAUUGAAUGUUAAUUGAAACACCUUUCCCGAACAUUCUAUGCACAAAAAUAUUCAACGUAAAACUGAUACUAUUUAUCAAAACGCAACAACAAAGCAGUUAGCGGCGCAUAUUUUUUAUAAUACACAUCUUUCUUGAAAAUUUUAAUUACAAUCACUUUUUUUUAUCCGACACAGGUAUCAUAAUAGAAAAUAAGUCCGAUAUUUUUAGAAACUACAAUAAUGUGAUAUUAGUUGACUAAUGGUAAACUUUUCUUCAAUCUUGUCACUUUCCAUGACUUUGUUCCAUUUGUUUUUGUUUUAUCUCCGACGAUAGCUAUAAAGACUGUGGAAGUGCUUGUUUUUCAGUGGAAACAAUAUAUUUUAUUUUUAUUGAAUAUACUGUUAAUAUUAGACGCCCACAACAGGAUUAGUAUUCUCAAGAUUCAGCUCGGACUCCUUUUUGGCUUCUUUUUCCAAUCUUUGUUCAAUUUGUUCAAUGGUUUCGGCUUCCGAGACAUGUUCACUAAGAUGUACUUUCGUGAAUGCUUAAAACUUUUCAAUUAGUCAAAUUCGCGGCAAUUUGGUGCAUCCAUGUCUUUUGCAACGAAAGCGUUGGACUCGCUUUUUUUUCGAAAUUUGAGAUUUUACUCUCGAAAAAUAUUCAAAGUAUUGUCCAUACUUUUUCCUAUCUUUCUGAUAAUUCAGAAACACCGUUUUUCACCUUAAUUGGAGAAGUCAGGCCAAGCUACAUUGAUCGGAACAAAUAGUAAUUGGAAAGAGUACUGUCUUGUCAUGUUGCAAAACUACUUUGUCGUGUCUAUGGGUGUUAUGCGGUCGUUUGUCUUGCAAUGCUCGGCUCAAACGAAUCUAUUAUCGUUGGUGACAUUCUCCCGUGGUUGCAGUAGCUCAUAAUACACUACACCCAGCUCGUUCUACCAAAUGCAAAACCUUUAGGCCAUGAUUAUUCUGAACGGCCGUCGAUGAUGAUGAAUGACCGGGGUAUCCAUACGUUGCCCGAUGUUUUGCAUUAUCAUAAUAGACCCACGUUUCAUCGCCAGUAACAGUUCGAUGGAGAGAAAAAAACCUUUUCUUUUGUACCGUUGAAGCAGUUGUACGCACGUGAAACAAUGGAGCUCGACGACCCUUGGCCUCAAUUCAUACGGCGUCUAAUUGCCUACCUUUCGGAUCAUUCUCAUUGCUUUUAAACGUUGUCAAAUGGCUGGCCGAGUAACUUCGAGUGAUUUUACAAGUUCUUCUUGCGUUUGUGAGGGGUCUUGAUCGAGAAAUUCCUCCAAUUAUUCAUCUCCAAACUUUGGCGGCGUUCCUUGUUUUCCAAAUCAGUCCAGUUCUAUAAGUACCGAAAACAAUGGUCAAAAGCUCUAAAACAAACGUCAUUUUGUUUUCUCAUAAGCGACUAGACCAGAUGUCGGCAACAUGCGGCUAUUUGGAUACGAAGCUGCGGCUCUUCAGUUCUAUGCGCAAAUAUUGUUUAUUUAAAAAAAGGUACUUAAAAAUAGUAUUAUUAUUGGAAAGUUUUACUUUGUGUUAUGCUAUGCUUCUGACAUUAAUUACUUUUUAACUGGUUCUCACAAAUUUCAUCCUUUUCAAAGGUUAUAGUCAGAUAAGCAUGUGAUAUUUCUCUCCAACAGAAAUUCCAAUCGUUAUACCAUAUUGGAUAGCUUGGACUGGAGACAAUUUCCCUAAAAUUUCAACCAUUUAACAGCCAUAUUGACAGAGCUAGGGUGAUUCUAUUGAUUUUCAUUUAUUUGAGCAACUCGAAAAGUUUGUAAAAAUCAAAGAUGUUUUCGGUAUUGUCAGAUAAUUAAAGAUAUAAUUGAAGGUGCAUUUCUUGCAUUAAAAUACAUGAAAAAAGUUGAAACAAAUAUUGACACACUUCUGAUUUUGUUACCCCUUCUGAUUUUUUUUAAUAAUAACUGAAUAAUUUGUGGACACGUUGAAGUGCUUCGGUUUCAUAUUUUCUAAAAAUGUGAGAAAGCACAAUAUUUGAGUUUUCUGAAAAUAAAUUAACAAUCAACCUUGCGUCUCCAUUGAAAUUUUAUUAGAUGAAAACGCAUGAUGCAUAAGGUGCAAUGUACAAUGUUAGGAAAACAGUCAAUGUUGCAUAACGCAAAUACAGUUUUCAUCGCUGUCGUUGAUCGGAAAUUCAAUAGAGAAAUAUCAGUUUGUUUGUCUAAUUUUCCUAAAUCAACUGAUGUAUUUUUCUUGAAGUUUCAUCAAGCAGUAGCGGAGAAAAUUUGCUUGUAUGUUUUUCAACAAUGGCUGCUUUCCUAGGAUUGCAAGUAGAACCAUAACUACUAGAGCUAAUAAUAAUAAUAAUAAUAAUUCUUUUAAUAGAGCUUCAAUGGAAACGCAUGAUCGAAAAUGUAAGCCUUCCCGACAAUGCUCAAAACAUCUCAGAUUGUACUUUUCUUUACAUUUCCUCUUAGACUCGUCAGUGCAGAGCAGUUCAAAUUGAACUGCUUAGUGCUAACUUAAACAGUUCAACUUGAACCGCUAUGCAAACUCAAAGAUAAAAUUUGCAAAACACUUUUUCAAUUGAUACCGAAGUGCUAUGUCUUUUCUGACGUGCCGAAUGAAACUGACGAGUCUAAGACGAAACGUAAAGAAAAGUGAAAAUGGUUAUGUGCCCUAAGCACAAACUUAGGAUAACCCCUAAAUGAUCUCUGAUUUUUACCUUUUUUUAUAAAUAUAAAAAAUAGGUAUAGAAUUCGCUCAAACUUUAGACAAAUUUUCCGAGGCCCGGAGGGCCGAAUGUCAUAUACCAAUCGAUUCUCAGCUCGACGAACUGAGCAAAUGUUCGUGUGUGUAUGUGUGUGUGUCUGUAUGUGUGUUGUCAACUAAGACGUCGAGAUCUCAAAGAUGGCUAAACCGAUUUUGAUCAAACUAGUCGCAAAUGAAAGGUCUCCCCGUCACUCUGAAUAACAGGAUGAUGAAUUUUUAAAAUUCAAACCGAUAUAGAAGAUGACAAUCCCGAAAGCUUUAAAAUUGGACCCAAACUAUUGCAAUUUAUUCGGCAUAUGGCCAUACAAAUCGGUUUUGGUUAUGCUGGUUCCUGAAUACCGGCUCUGGAAGUACCUCAAAUUACCGUAAACUCUAAAGUGGAGCUUACUUUGACAUCUCACGGAAUGUUCAAUCGAUUGUCACACGUUAUGAUUCAAAUUCGAUCUGAUUUUCAGCUUGGACAUUACAGGGUAAUGAGUGAUUGGAAUUUCAUAUAGCCGCUUAAAACGACGGUCAUUGAAAUAAUGUCAUGAGAAUUGAAACACCGAAGAAUAUUCAUGCAAAAAACAUAUGCGGAUUGAUAAAAAAAGGUAUCAUCUCACUGCUAGGUGGAUUAAGCACGUUUUACCUUUUUUAUAUAUAUAUAAAAAAUAGGUAUAGAAUUCGCUCAAACUUUCGAAAACUUUUCCGAGGCCCGGAGGGCCGAAUGACAUAUACCAAUCGAUUCAGCUCGACGAACUGAGCAAAUGUCUGUGUGUGUGUGUGUGUGUGUGUGUGUGUAUGUGUGUGUGUCUGUAUGUGUGUUGUCAACUAAGAGGUCGAGAUCUCAGAGAUGGCUGGACCGAUUUUGAUCAAACUAGUCGCAAAUGAAAGGUCUCCCCGUCACCCAGAACGCUAUUGAAUGGUUUUGAGAUCGGAUGUUUACUUUUUGAAUUAUACGAAGUUUUAUGUCAAAAUUUUCAGUUUUUUGACAGUAUCUGUCACAUUUGACCUUGAAAACAGAAUAUGUUUCCAGACUUAGAUUUCGCUCGGUAAUACCUAUCCGACAAGCCAUAGAUUGUUAAAAUCCGUCCAUUUUUAACGGAGAUAUCGAUAUUUUUGUGUAAGCCUUAUUCCAGUAGAAGGAAUUUUGAGCGCUGUAUGAAAAAGCAAUGCUUGGGAGCAACAUGAAACACGAUUUUUUAUACUGUUACAUAUAAUUGUUUCUAAGUACCAAAAAGACUGUGUACAGCAUCCUUUUUUAUGACAAUUUGCCUCGGACCAUUAUUCAGCAUUAUCUAGUUGAAAGUAAUUCUAUAAUUAUAUUGAUUUAAACUACUUACAGCAAUAAAUGCUGGAAGAACAUGACUUCCAUAUACCAUACGACUCAGUUCGUCGAGAUCAGCAAAUGCGUGUGUGACAAAUAAUUUCACUCAAUUUUCUCGGAGAUGGUUAAACCGUUUUCUACAAACUCAGAUUCAUAUGAAAAGUCGUAUACUCCCAAACAAGGUUCCUGAAUUACGUUUGGAUCCGACUUCUGAUUGCGGAACCACAGGAUGAUAUGUGAAACGAAAUUAAAAUAAUGCAAUUAAUUUUUCUCGUAGAUGGCUGAACCGAUCUAAGAUUCAAAUGAAAUCUAAGAAUCAUCUAUGAUUCAAAUGAGAGGUCUUAAAAUCCUAUAAAACCUCUUACUUUUUAGUCAGAUCCGACUUCUGGUUUAGAAAAUGCAGGGUGAUUAGUAUAAAAAUGUUCAUUUCACAUAAAUUAAUCAGGUUUAUCGGGUUUGCAGAUUUGGAUAGUCGAUUACCAAAUAAAUUUAUUUCAGUUUGAGCGGUAUUCGUUUUUGGAUUCGGAAUGUACCCCCAAAUUUUAAUUCGCACUACAACUUCUCAAAGAUGUCUACACACUCCUCAGGUGAAUUUAACUGAUUUCGGCUACACCGAUUUUAGAAUUCCGGUUCCAGUAUCGAAUCGAUUCUCAAAGCUCAAUCAUUUUCUCAAAAAAGACCAAAUCGAACUUCAAAAACAAAUAUUACAGGACUUAAGGUUCCAUACAAAAUUGGUGAAUUUUAUCCGAUUCUGGAAUUACAGAUGAUGAGUUUAUAAAUUUCAUGUAAAUUGUUUGGCGUAAUAAUUUAUGGCCAUUCGAAUCAUUUUGGGCUAUGCUAAUUCCUGAAUACCGGCUCUGGAAGUACCAUAAAUAAUGACGAAAAACUCUAAAGUGGAACUUACUUCGACAUCUCAUGGAAUGUUCAAUCGAUUGUCGCACGCUAAGAUUGAAAUUCGAUAUGUUUUGCAGUUUCGGCAUUACAGGAUAAUGAGUGAUUAAAAUCUCAAUUUGCCGUUUAAAACGACGAUAAUUAAAAUAAUGUCAUGAGAACUAAAACACCUAAGAAUAUCCAUGCAAAAACACAUGCGUAUUGAUAAAAAAAAGGUAUCAUCUCACUGCUAGGUGGAUUAAUCACGUUUUUUUCUAAAUUUUCGGUGAAGCGGUUGCUUUAAAAUUCAAAUAUAAUGAACAUCAUUAGAACCAACAGCUCCGCCAAUAUGGCUGUGAAAGAGUUGAAAUUCUGGAAAAUUGUCUCCAGUUAGAGCUCUUACAAAUGUGAUCUGACACAAUGAUUUUUCGUUGGAGCGGAUUCCUCGUUUUACAGUUAGUUGUCAUAAACUACCAAAUUUACAGAAAUUCGGUGACUGUAAUUUGAUAAUAUAUUUAAUGCUGUAUUUUUACCGUAUUCGCUGAUUAUGCUGAUUUACCGAAAAACUAUAAUUAUUAAAAAAAAAAAUAAAACAACGCGUUAUAAAAACACGCAUAAUUCUGCAAAACAUAUUGUUUUUUUUUUCUUAUGAAGGGUGAUUUUUUGCUGGUAUCUUUUUGGCAACACUGUUUUAGACAGAUCACGCGUGAAAUAAGACACGUCUUGUGUCAUUGCCAAACUUGUUCAGAUUGGUCUAUAAUUUAAUCAUGAAUCGACUUACAACAUCUAACAUUUGGCAAUUUCGCGCUGUCAAAAUUGGAUGAAGAUACACUUUUUGAUCGAAAAAUAGUGUUCAGCGACGAUACUCAUUUCUGGUUGAAUGAAUACGCCAACAAGCAAAAUUGCUGCAUCUGGAGUGAAGACCAGCCAGAAGCAUUACAAGAGCUACCAAUGCAUCCCAACAAAGUCACUGUUUGGUAUAGAUUAUAGGCCGGUGGCAUCAUCGAGCCGUAUUUCUUCAAAGGAGACGAUGGUGGAACGUUACUAUGAAUGGCGUUACUAAUUGAACUUGCCUGGCACGCGAAAGAAUGACCGUCUUCGGUGAACAGUUUAUCUCACGUUUUGGGCCCGUCAAUUGGUCUCCUAGAUUUAACGCCUUUAGACUAUUUCUUGGGCGGCCAUGUUAAGGUUCACGUCUCCAAGCGUAAAACAAAAACGAUUGACGUACUGGAAGCCAAUAUUGAAGCGUUUAUUUGUGAAACACCGGCCGAUAUGUUGAAGAGAGUAUGCCAAAAUUGGAUAUUGCGCAUGGGCCAUCUAAUGCGAAGCCGUGGCUAACAUUUGCAUGAAAUCAUCUUAAAACAUCGUUAUAUCGUGAUCGUUCUAUCGAUUCCAAUAAAGAUUUCAUUAUUUUUUUCAAAUUGUUUUUGUUACUUCUGAAAAUCAAAUCCUAUACCUCUUAUAAAAUCACCCUUCACUUACCGAAAGUUUUCAUCAAAAAAUUACCAAAUAGCGAAAUUAAAUCUAGAUGUGUCAGGCUAAAUUUAAUGAGUUGAAUCAAAUAUCGUUUUGGCUUGGCGAUAACUGAAAAUAACCCAGCUACAACCACAUGUGGAAUCAGAACAAAAUGGCUCAAGUGGCAUGUUCCCCUGGAUAUUUUGAGAUUUGUGCCAAUACAUUUAACAGCAGUUGCACUCAGUAAUGGAAUGGGCGCGAAACUCAAACCACAAUAAAACUGUAAAGACUGGAACACUCAUCCUAUGUUUUGUCAAAAGAAUGGGUUUGCUUCGAAAAAAAAAUCAAUUGUUUUGAAGCGAAAUUUAAAGCGAAGAAGUACUUAAUUUUCAAUGUGUAAAACAAUAUUUCCCUAAAACCAGUACAUCUGUUGAUACGAAUUACUUCAGUACUGGUAUAGACAAAAUUGAAAACGAAUUUGAUGACAGGUUUCAGCAAUUCAAAGUCAACAAAUCCACUCAAACAUUUAUAGUAAAUCUUGUUAUCACAAAUAAUAACGACAGCCACUUUGAGCCAAUCCAAAUAGUUGAUUAGCCUGUAAAAAUUUUUUUUAUCCACCUUGAUGUAAUUCUCAUAUUAUCUAUAUUUUCAAAAACAUCACUAGAAGAUUCUGUCAAGAUUUUUUUUUCCAAACUUGAAUAAAAUCAAAAACUUUCUCUGGUAUAAACUACCAUAACCUGUUCAAUUUGUAAACAGUAAUUUCAAUUUAAUAUAGAUUUAAAUGUAUCAACCCUGCACGCUAUACAAUAUUGAAUAAAUCACGCUGUGUGUUAGGCGGUGGUGUUUUCUUCUUCCUUGCCAGCACGUAUCGGUGCGUACCGAUUUUGCAUCCUUUUGUAUGACAGUUGGAAAGUUUUGAUACUCAUUGCCCUAUAAUUUCGGAACCUAUCUUUUAGGAAAAUGAGAGCUUUAAUUUGAAUCAUGAUUUGUAAAAAUCGGUUAAACGGUUGCUGAAAAAUCGAAGUGAAUUUCGUUUUUUGAGCUUUUCAUCACUACUACCGGUGCUUUCGGAAGCGGAAACCGAGGUCUGUCAACUACCUGAAUUUAAGAGUGAAUUUUACAAAAAUUUGCACCUCGUUUCGCCAUCAUUUGUGAGAAAAUCCCCAUGAAAUUGAAAAAUGUUAAUUUAUUGCGCUGUAAUACCAGAACCAAAAGUCGGAUCUGGAUCAACUUUUCGGGGACUUUUUAAAAGAAUUUCAUUUGGAUCUUAGUUUGUGAAAAUCAGUUAAGAAAUUUCCGAGAAAAUUGAAAGCGCAUUUUCUCAUAGAUUUGCACAUAGUGCCUUGUAAUUCCAGAACCGGAAGUCGGAUAAUGAUAAAGCGCAAUAGCGAGCCAUGGGAUCAUAAGAUCAUAAAAUCGGUCAAGCCAUCUCUGAGAAAAGUGAGUGACAUUUUUUGUAAUAAGCAAUGCAUGCCGCUGAAACAAUAGUUCGAAAAAUGUUCAAUACUGCUGUUAUAGCGACGCGAAAACACGAAGCUAACGCACCUAUUUUCAUCUUAGCCGAUUUUUCUCUAACUAAUGGUUUUAGUAAAUAGGAUGACAGAUGGAGCUGAGAUGACUACUGGAGCCGUUACCCUACAAGACAACUUUUCAUGGAGCUCGCUAUUAUGGUGAUGUUCAUAGAAAUGCGGCUUGAGAGUGGGGUUGGCCUGCGUGCAAUUGAACGCACGCUUGAGAGACUCUUUUUCUCUCCGAUUAUCAAUUUGAGUUUUCGUGUUUCGUUUUCCACUCAUCAAUGCAAUGGCAGCUCCAAUUGAAUUGCUAUUACCACCUAGCAGUUCAUCCCGGGCUGGCGGUUCAAUGCAUAGGACGCUGGUCUUACAAGCCAGUUGCCUUUUGUUUGAGCCCCGACCUGGAAGGAUUCUUAGCGUCAGUAGGAUCCAUAGUACUAGCCAUGCAAUGAUUCUGUACGCUAUAUGAAUCGGCUGCGAAGUCUGUUGAAACAGAAAGGCCAAAUUCCACAAAAGGAAUGUAAUGCCAAGACUUUGCUACCGAGCAGUUCAACUCAAACCGCUAAGCAACUACAUCUGAAGGUUUAGAGAUAAUUUUCAUGUAACGUGUCCUAGUCAAUCAGAAAGUACGGCAGACACGGAUAAACAAAAUUUUUGAAACAAUAGUUUAAAAAACUAGAAAAUAGAACGGAGGUAAAAAAAAACACAUGGUUUAUAGACCGGAAAGUGACAGAAACUCGAUUCAAUAUCUUUGUGUUAGUACAGGAGAGGAAUAAUUUUGUGCGUUGAGUUACAAGUAUAAGUAUAGUAAAUUUUCUACUUCCUAUUAGUAAAUUACUGUGAAAGCCGAAAUUGUUUUGAAUAGUUGAGACAGUACUAAACGAAUUGUUACAGAACUGCUUAGAACUGGAAGGCCUACUUAUCGCUAUAUCACUGAAAAUUAAUGAUGCUGCGUAUUGUAUAAUCAAAAGUAUUUUUCCUUUUAUGAGACGUUUUACUACACCAUUUUGCAAUAUCCUGAAUCAAUCGAAUGAGUAUAAUCAUGAGAGCCAAAUUUUGAAAUAGUGAUGCAAAACAGCUCAAGAACUGAUAGACAUAAACGGCUAAUUUGCAAUCAUCAGCAGUGCCAGCACAAUUUCUGUCAGAGAAUAUCAUCUAGUGCAGGCGAAGUGUUAGUGUUAAUCCUAAGAUUGUUACUCUUUUCCACUAUUCUUCAUCGUUAAGGGCAUAUGGUAGGAAGAGUGAUUAUAUUACCAAAUACAUACCCGAUGCAUUAUUUAUCCUAGCUAAAUCAUCUACAUAUUGUUGACAUUUGAGUAAUUUUUCCCGUGUUUCUAUUUAAUCAAUGGUACUAAAACUUUUAUCGGAUUUUUGACUAUAGUUGAUCCUAAAUCCUCCAUGUAAUACUUUUUUCAUAUUAACGGAUUUGGACAGACCGCGGCAAACUGAAAUUAGAUCUGCUUCAUUGAUUAAACUCUUAUUAACGACGUUUUUCCAAUUUUACUUCACUCUUUCCACUUCCAUAACAGACCAAAUUCAAACACACCGAGCCGGAAAAAUAGAAUCAUUUUUUCUCACACAUACUUCAACAAGCAUCUUCACUAUGAAAACGAAUGUUAACAUUUUUUUAAAAAAGAAUGUAAUAACGAAACAAUUAGAAACAAAUCAACAGAAACAUCGCUAUAGGAAAAUCAUACUGUUGGAAAUACGUGUAGUAAAAAUAUAAAUCCCCGUUUCCCCUGUUUAUAGUAAAUGAGUUUUUCUCUUGAAACUUUUUAUUCAGCAAGUUAACCGAUUGAGUUCUGUGUCAUAUGUAAACUCAACCAAAACCAGUUUAGGAUAAUACGAUUAAAAUCAAGGCUAUUUAAAUCGAAACAUUUCCAUGUCGAUUUUUCGCGAUGAUUUUGCUGUCAAAAAUCUGCUUACCAUUCGACUUUGUGUAUUGAAAUCUGACCAAAAACUGAGAACAUUUUCUUUACGAAUCCACGACAGCUCUUAUCUCAUCUUCUCGCCCCUUUUUUUCACAACUCACAACUUUCGGAAAUCUUUUUUUGCAUAUUGGUAGGCGAAAAGCAAACGACUGAACUAAGAUAAAUUGGGACUUAACCAAUCUAUUCAGGAUUUCACUGUCACAAAAUUCUUAAAAUUUUGUAUUACAUCCAAGAACAAAGUGGUGAACAUUUAGUGCUAAAAUAUAUUGCGAAAAACAGGAAGCAUAUAGGUGUUAUUAAUCAGUUCUGUGCCUAAGGAGAUAAGCUAUUAUUAUUUUUUUUUGCAAAACCGAUUGGCAAAACUUCGGGUGAUGAAGCUGAAUAUGUUCUAUAGAAUGGAAAUUCUUCAAACUAAUGGAUUUUCCACAUUGUCACGAGAAUACACAAAGUUGAAUAAUAAUUCAAAAUGGAAACAGCCAAAGCUGCACACGAGCUGAUUGUUAUUUAGUCUUUUUACUCAGCGUAGGAAGCUUUUUCAUCGUGAAACAUUUCAUCACUAAAAGUAUCGUGAGCCUAAGAAACAUUUCACGACCGAUGAAAUAUUUUAUCAAGUAACUAACGCGUUAUUUCCCAUUACGUCUUAGUCUGGUAAGCAUGUUUUGAAAGCUAUGGUUCAAGUACCAACAAUAUUAAAUUAACGUUAAUGUAAUAAUCAACAUGUAGAAUCUAUUACAAUAACGAAAUAUAUUACAAAAUACAUAAAAAAGGUGAGUUUUCAAUCGGAAAACCGGUGCACGAGUAAAAAUAUAAGAAUAUUGUGAUCGCAUAUAGUCUUGUGGUUUACUGUAGUUUGUUUUUAUUAAGGUAAUGAUUUAUAUCAAAUCAAUUUUUUUAUAUGAAUAUAUGAACAAAAAAGAAAAUGGUACUUAUAUUUACAAAACAAUAAUCAAAUUGAUCUGUGCGAAGAAAUAACCACUAAAGCGUUUCGAACUGCAUUUGCGGGCGGCUUAUAUCUUUUCUCUCAAUUGAACCGAAAAGCCUGCUCCAGGGAAACCAAAUAUAAUAUUGCUACACGUUUUGCAUUUUUUAACCAAUUUUCCCACUUACACAACGUCCAAUUCUACGAACAAUUUAUGAGCAAAAACACAACCAAAAGAAGUGCUUUUCUCACUUCCAGAAAAGAAUGCACACUAAAACGUUUUCGCAGUAGACCUAAGUUAAUUUACACACGCCAACUUGGAAGAGCAAAUGUUAAAUACAUAGCAAAACUUAGGAUUGAUAAAGACUUUUGUCCGAGGCACCUCCUUACAUUAAUAGUUGUACAAUUUGAACGUUUUGAUAGCAGAUAAUCUUUGAAAUACAUUAAAACCACCUUCCUUCAUAAGUAACUCUUCAGUUGUACCAGAUUAAUUGUUCGGUACGCUGCAAAAAACAACUACAUCCACUUCUACAACUAAAUAAUAAGAGCUACGCAUAAAAAUCCACCUAGAACUUUAUAUGUUUGUUAAUUUUUCCCAAUUUCUCUUACACCUAGGAAACAAGCAAAAUUGAAUCCAAAAUCAUGCAAGUUUAGAAAUAAAAUGCGUUUUGAUGUGCGUCUUGUAAUUCCAAAAAAAUACUUACGAAAAACAUGUUUCAUUCUAACAAGAUAUAUUAUUACCAAACCAAACAAAAAUCUCGAAUAUAUAAGGAAACCGUUAAGAGUAAGUUGUAAUCAUUUUAUUGCAUUUGAUAUCGCUAGAUAAAAGAAAAAUGAUACAAACACAACCAAUAGCAAAAGAGGAAAAAAAAGUAACUCAACACUAACGAGAAACCAGUUCAAACCAAACGACAUAGUGAUGAAACUAAUGCAAAAGAUCAGAACAUGAAGCGAACCGAACAGUGAACGAUUAAUCGAUAUUGCGGCAAUGUCAGGCGAAGGGCCGUUGCUUACACAGCAGUUGGAUUACAGGCUAAUAACCGAAGGAAAAGUGCGUAGAUUUAGUGCGAAUGAACAAAAGAUCGAACAGGAAAGCAGUUUCAUGGUGUGAAUGCUUCAAUAAAAGUAAUAUAUUAUAUACAGAAGGAAA